AACCUUUGCUUGUCGAUUUUCCUUAUGGGAGUGACAACAGCUAUGGAAACUAAGUACUAUGCCACAUCGACGCGGGAAAUGGCAGCCCUGGUACAAAUAGAAGACGAACUAAUAGGAUAUAUGCGCCAGUAUGCUGAGGAAUUGCAGCUUAAAAUAAACACAAUGAGGGUUUUCCAGAAAGAAUGGAUGACUAGAAGAGCGCUGGGUUAUGCUGAUCCUACGACCUAUGUGGCCAAUCCCCUGAUAAGUUUUCCACUCAUGCGACGAAUGUACUCCGAUGCUCCUAAGUUGCUUGAAUUUGCUCGGCAGGAAAUUAAAGGUCCUCUUCAAAAGUUGGUUAACCGAGAUAUAUCUGAUAUUACGGCCCUGGAGCUUAAAGUGGCUGCAACCGGAUUGUUGCGAUUUCAGGGCGUUUAUGGCCUGAAUGCAAGCGAAAUGGCCAAUGGAAAAUUGUCUGACAAGCAGUACAACUCCAGUUUAAGUGCCGCAGAUUGCCUUGCUUUGGGCACUCAUUUAGAGGAUCAGAAAAAAGGUAAACAGGCAUGCAAGUGGCUAAGAAUUUCCCUGGACCAGUAUGAAGAUCAUUUGGAUCCUGUAAAUAGGUUACUUCAAACAGGUCGCUCUCAAAUCUAUGAGAAACUAGGCCUAACUUUGCUUUCCAUGCAUGACUUGCCAGCCAGUCAAACUGCCUAAGAAUCAAUAGAGUGGGCCUCCAAGGAUGAUAAUACCAAUCUGGCCAAAUUUGAACGAAAUUUGGAUCACAUGUUUGUGCAUCUGGAUAAUUGUCGGGGAAAAACUCCUACCAAGAAAUUCCCCCUCCGUUGUCGCUAUUUUACAGAAGGUUCACCAUUUCUUCACCUGGCUCUUAAGAUGGAGCAGCUCAACUUUGAACCUUUUGUUGGUCUCUUUCAUGAUUUUAACGCCGAAGAGCAGGAUGAUUAAUAAACCUUUCAAACCAAGACUAGAACAUAGGAAGUAGAUAGCUCCAGCGUAGAGGCUGAAGUGCCGGUGAAUGCCUCUGAUCAUGUAGCGCGAAUUCACCAAAGGAUUGAGGAUAUGACAGGACUCAAUUGAGAAAGCAACCCGAUAACAGUCUCCAACUUUGGCAUUGGAGGCCAGGAUUUUAUCCACUUAGACUGCGAGCAGCCGAAGGAAUUCGUUGAACCAUUAAUUCCGGAAUAUCGCACGGCCACUGUGCUGUUUUAUCUAAGUGAGGUUCAGAUGGGUGGUCAUGCCUCUUUUCCGGAUCUGGGUUAUGGCUUUAAGCCAAGUCGUGGAUCGGCCUUGGUUUCAAACAUUGACAACUCUGGAAAUUGUGACAUUCGAAGUUUGCAGGCCACUUGUCCGGUGCUCCUUGGAACGCAGUGGGUGGCCAGAAAAUGGAUCAGUGGGUCAGGCCAGUGGCGCAGGAAACCCUGUCGGAAGUGA